AUGCAUGUGCGGUCCCCGGCCCCAGGCGGAGGUGGAAAAGUGCCCAGCAGGGGCCUCGAGGGGUGUCCCCACGAUACUCCUCUGCCCACAAGUUGUGGGGGUGAGGAGGUGUGGUGUUCUGUCCCAGGAACGGGGCUGCCCACCUGGCAUGCUCAACCUUACCCACACCCUGCCCCCUGGGCUGGGCUGGGCAGACUGCAGGGAUCUGAGGUGGGCACCAGCCAGGGAAGAGAUCCAGGCUUGGCUCCCGCCUGCGAGCUUAAAGCUGAUGCACUUUUCACGUCUCAAGUCUUCCACGUAGCAGCUUUACUUAACCCACGUCCGUGUCAUAUCUAA